AUGGAGUGGCCAAAUCCGAUGGAUUUUAUCAAAAAUUUGGUCGGUAGCAAAGCAGCAUCAGGAGACGAAAAAAAGCAGGCCGAUUGCAUGGAUAGCCAGCCAGUGAGCUCUCAACCUACCGCAUGGAGCAACUCUACGUCACAAGGAUCGACCAAGAAGAAUGUAUCUUUCAAUGAGAAAAGAGGAGCUCCAAAUGUCGAAGAACUUCAUGUGCUCGAUCAACUGAAACAAACAGGAAUUGCAAUACCUGAUGCGGAUGCACUUCAAAUUAUUCGAAAUUUAACUUCUCGAGGGAAGAGCCUGAUACAGGAAGAUUUCAUAAAUGAGGUCAUUAACAAGUAUUUUGAAGAGGCUGAAUCAAAGCGUGGCUCCACUCCAAAACCACAGGCAAGUGAUUCAACUUCGCAAACAGGUACUGGAGGCGAUGAUGUGCUUUUGGCAAUCGAGGCUUCGAAGGCCUCAUACAACGAUGACAUGGACAGCGAUGCAAUUGACAAAGCGAUCAAAGCUUCUUUGGAGACGAGUCACGUGCAGCGGCAUACUUAUGAGAAGAGUCUUCCCGAAAAUCCACACGAUUUGGUGAAACCAACAGGAGAAUUGACGGGACUCUUCAAUAUUGGAAAUAGUUGCUGGUUCAACAGUCUGGUCCAUCUCCUUUUUAAACUUAAAGACUUGAGAAGAGCCAUCUACACUUAUUCACCACCACCUACUUACAAUUUCCAAGAUGAUGGACGCCCAUCGGCAACAAAAAUUCUACUUUCAAUGCGCCGUCUUUUUGCUCAAAUGGAAGCGACAAGGAGAACGUACAUUGACCCUAGUGAAACAGUGAAUGCUGUCGGUGAUUUGAAUCAAAUAGUCACUGGCGAGAAUAUCGUUGGACAACAGCAGGAUGCCGUAGAAAUGCUACUGAAAGUACUUGAGUGGGUGGAGAGAGCCCUGACAAAUGGGGAUCACACAACCGAAAUCCCAACAUCAUCAAGUCUUGCCAUUGACACAAAUCAAUCGGAAGACAUUGAGUGUGGAGUCAGCUCGAGUGAGCCCAGGGGCACACGAUUAUCCGAAAUGAAUGCGGUCAGCAUUAUGGACAUCUCGCAAUCGCCAAACUCAAUCGAAAUUGAUGCUCCUCCUCAAGUUGACGCAGUAUCGCAAAGUCAAGGAAGUGAUGUGGAAAUUCUGAGCCCAAGUGUACCGACAAUUCGGCCUCGAAUGCGCACUGUUUCAACGGGACAUGUUCAAGCUGCGGAGUCGCCACUUUCUAAUCUCUUUCACGGAACGCUUGUUUCUAUUCGACCCGAUGAAGAACUAUCCGACUCAACGGCUCGCCUUAAUAAUUCGCUCCAAAUUCAUCACCUUGACGUCAGCUACAGUGAUCUGCAUGCCGCGAUGGAAGCGGCACAAUUUUUAAAUGAUGAUCACAAAGAGAUGUGGAGUGAACGUUUACCGGAGGUUCUCUUUUUCAAUCCGAGCCGCUCUCAAUACAAGAAUGGGCGCACCCAAAAGCUGCAUAAUGAGUUCACAUGUGAGGAGCUGAUUUAUAUGGAUAGAUAUUUGCUUCGCAACCGAGACUUGGUCAAAAAUUUAAGAGAUGAGAGAAUGAAGAAAAGAGCUGAACUUGGACUCAUCAAGGCCAAAUUGACUGGCAUUGGAUCGUAUGCAGUUCAUGAUACGGGAAAAACGGAACAUUUGCAACAUUUAUUGGAGACCGUUUGCAAAUAUAUCGAAAGAAAUCAGACGACAAUUCCUCAAGUUGCCCAACCAGAGGACAAUCAAGUUGAAGCCGCGCCGGCUGAAAAUGAUUUCGCAGAAGUCGCUUUUCCACUGCCUGGCCCCGUUCCUGUUCCUUAUGGCCCACCAAACAAAAACGAACCUUUUCCUUCGACAUCAUUUUUAAAAGAGGUUGCCAAGCCCUCUUCGUUUGUCCCAGAGCUUGCCCCAAUUCUUCCAGUAACUCAGCUUUUGACACCUGAUGUCCGAUAUCACAUGGUUAAAGCCAUUGAAGCGCUAGUUACUGAAGUGCAGAAUAACGAACAAGAGCUCCAUCAGACGGCAACCGAAUUGCAACUACAAAUUGACUCCAUUUACAAUGUUGAUCCAUUGAUGCGGGAACCUUAUCGUCUAUACUACGUGAUUAUUCAUGAGGGUGACGCAAACGUCGGACACUACUGGGCGUAUGUACGCGACGGAGAUGGAUGGAUCAAGUUGAAUGAUAAAAAGGUUGAACGAUCUUCUAAAGAAGCACUUAUCAAUGACGCUAUUGGUGGUCCAAAUAAGUCCUCAUCUGCCUAUUGUUAUGUUUACGUACGUUUGGAUGCUGAUUGGAUUCUAAACGGUCAAGGCGGCGAGCUUCAAAUGCCAGAGGAUUUACAAGCAGACGUGGCCUCGGCCAACACCGAAUUGGAUGCAAUGAUUGACGCAUACGAGGUUAAGAAACGCGAAGCCGACUAUGAUGGUUCGGAAAAAUACGUCCUUGAUCCAAACGCGAUGAGAAGCGAUUUAUUGCAAGACGUGCACGAGAUACUUAGCGUAGAUCAGCGAGAUGCCUGCUGUAAUCGUCUUAAAUCGCUAAACAAUCGCCUCAAGCAAUUCACACAGUCCAUGGAAAUUGAUGCACUUCUUGAAAAGGAAUAUGAAAAGCUUUACAAUAACAUCGGGCAAUACGUGGUUAACGAGGUCAAAGUGAGUAGUCGUAUACCCGAUUUGGACCGAGCAGAAGUCGUCUUUCAAAAAUGCAUCACUGAAUGGAUCCCACGAAGCAAUGAAAUUUAUAAGCGAGGACUAAUACCGGUACACGGAAAUCCAAUUGAAUGGUGGAAAGAUUUGGGAACAAUAUUACCAGCAAAAGUCUUACAGUUAACGGUCACUCACAUGCUUCAAAAGACGAAGGGUUUCCCGGCGCUUAGCGAGUUAGCAGCAAGGAAAAUUGGCGAAUUUUAUAACAACCACGAUUCCAAUGAUAUUUGCCUCAUUUACCGGGAAAUGUGGUGCAAAUAUUUGUUGCUGAUUUUCUUUUGGGCGUUGGUCAAAGAAUGUAUGAGCACCAUCGAGCAGCCAUUUUUGCGACAUUUUGGCGAGUCGCCGAUGACAGACAAACUCGCACAAUAUGCAAAGGAAAUCAGGUUCAAUAAGUGGGUGCAAUUGAUAUGGAGUCUUUGCGACGAGAUCAUUGAAACAACCGUGCCGAACAAUAAUGACAAGCAAAACCUACUACUACCGAUUUUGGAGGCAAUCGUCCCGGUGCAUCAAGUCAAAGCCCUCACGCACAUUUGUGCCCUGGUUCUAUCAUGCCGGUUCUGUGAAAUAAUUGCUCGUUACUCGGAGUGGCCUGCGAAUCUGACCAAUCCACAUGAAACUCCAAACGGCGUUAACAUUCAAGCAGACAUCCUACAAUUUUGUACCACAUUACAGCGAAUUCGUCAAUGGUCAACGGAUGGAGACCAAGUUUCUUCAAAAAUUAUUGUGGCUUUACGUGAGCAUUGGGAACUAGUGGAUCGAUCGUUGCAGCCACAGUUCGAGACAGCGACGAAGUUAUGCCAGACAGUAAUAAAGUCACUGGUCUCUUCGAAUCUUUCUAUGGAUUCUCAACUUUCCGCCAAGAUCAAUAACACGGCGAUUCAAAGUGAUCGCAAUAUAGUCAUGCUUCGAUCAAAAAGAAUUGGAUUAGAUACGCCUACCAAUUGUGAAGAGCUGAUACUGGCCACCCUGCAACAAGUGACAGCCAUCGUUUUCCAAAUAGUCUUCCCA